GAUAAAUGACGUCACCACACAACACGGAAGUAGGAGGCGGAGAAACGGGAUUGUGAAAAAUGUUAAAGCGGAUGAAAAAACGCCAAAUCAGCGGAUAAUCGAUGGCGACUCAGUCGCUCGCCGAGCGCACCAUCUCGGAGAACAGCCUGGUGGUGCUGCUGCAGGGUCUGCACGGUCAGGUGACCACGGUGGAGCUGCGGGACGAGAGCACGGCCCGGGGUCGCGUCCUCAACGUGGACGCCUUUAUGAACGUGCGUCUGGAGGACGUCCUGUACCGGGACAGACGAGGGAACGUCUCGGAGAUGGCCGACCUGUUCGUGACCGGCCGUAACGUGCGCUACGUCCACAUUCCUGACCACGUGGAUAUCGUAGACACCAUACAGACCCAGCUGGACAAGAUCCACCGAGUGCGCUGCUUCACUGAGAAAGGGAGGAAGGAGUACAGCAAGAAGAAAAAAUAAGGCUUUCCUCAAUCGGCUCACAGAGCCUCCGAAACACACACACAGGCGCAACUCCAAUAAAACAUACAGUACUAAAGUUAAAUGUUAUUGUUUAAUGUUUAGUUAAUCUUUGGAGAAUAUAUUACAAUCUUGGAAUAAAAAAAAGUUCUGUUGUAUUUAUCUCGUAAAGGUUCUCGUAAAAGUGGAACCCUACAACAGAGAGUUCUGCGUUUCCCUUUCAGUGAGGUUUCCAUAUAGAACUGCUUCAGGAACCUUUUUAAGAACCU